AUGAGAAAUCUCUUUUCCGUUCAGAACUUUGGGAAGAUGGUGCGUAUGAACGUCCUCGCCGAUGCCUUGAACUGCAUAAACAAUGCAGAGAAGCGUGGGAAACGACAGGUCCUUAUCCGACCCGCUUCCAAGGUUAUUGUUCGAUUCUUGACUGUGAUGAUGAAACACGGAUACAUUGGCGAGUUCGAGAUUGUUGAUGAUCACCGUGCUGGCAAAAUCGUUGUUAAUCUCAACGGCCGACUUAAUAAAUGCUCUGUUAUUUCUCCGCGAUUCGACAUUAAGAUCAAGGAUAUUGAGCAGUACACCACAAUGUUGCUUCCUUCCCGACAAUUCGGGUACCUCAUCCUGACCACUUCUGGUGGUAUCAUGGACCAUGAGGAGGCCAGAAAGAAGCAUCUCGGAGGAAAGAUUUUGGGAUUCUUCUUCUAA